UAGGGUGUUGUGCAGCGAGCAGUCCCUUUGGCUAAACGGAGGAACUGGAGAGUGGAGGAGUGGGGCCUGAGGCUGGAAAGCCCCGGGGGCAGAUGCGUGCAGCCUGGAGUGCAGGGCUGUGCGGAUUUGAUUUGACAAAGGCGGUGUGGGAUCCCACGAGGGUGCAGGGCAGGUAGGUGGGGGGAGGCGUCUGGUAGCAGUGUACAGAAUAAUCUGGAAGCACUGAAGGAACCAGCUGGAGGCUUCUACCGAAACCAGGCAGACACAAGGUUCACAGUGCUAGGAUGUUAAGGGAAAAAGUAGAAGUGGAAAGUGAGAGGUAGGAGAUAUUUUGGAGAAGGAACGGAGAUAAUCGAGUGAUUGUGUAUUUGGGGACGAGAGAAAUGACCCAAAGUGAUGGCGAUUUUGAGCUUGGGAGGCAGCGAGAAGAGGGUUCCCCCAGGUGGAGAGGGUGUGUCAUCCGGAGGGGCGGAGCUCCUUUCAGAGCCAUGUUUGUAAGGACAGUAGGAUCCCAACUGGGAACUGUCCAGGGGGCUGGAAAUCAGGACAGAGGAACAGCACAGAGGAACUAACCCAAAGGAUGAAAGAGAUACUACAGAUCUGAAAGGGAGCUAACAGAAAGGAAGAAAGAGAAACAGGGACGGGGAACACCGGCCUUGGGGAGGAGAAGCUGGUGGCCAGGCUGUGGAGGGAAUAUGCAGCGACCUGGAUCCGUAUGUCAAACUUCUACUUGAUGCCAUGAAGCACUCAGGUUGUGCUGUUAACAAAGAAAGACACUUUUCUUGUGAAGACUGUAAUGGCAGUGUCAGUGGAGGUUUUGAUGCGUCAACAUCUCAGAUUGUUUUGUGCCAGAACAACAUCCGUAAUCAGGCCCAUAUGAACAGAGUCGUCACCCACGAGCUCGUUCAUGCGUUUGAUCACUGUCGUGCUCACGUCAACUGGUUCACUGACGUCAGACAUUUGGCCUGCUCAGAAGUUCGAGCUGCUAACCUUAGUGGAGACUGCUCACUUGUAAAUGAAAUAUUCAGGUUGCAUUUUGGAUUGAAACAACAUCAUCAGAACUGUGUACGAGACAGAGCCAUUCUUUCUAUCCUGGCUGUUAGGAAUAUCAGCAAAGAAGUAGCCCAAAAGGCUGUUGAUGAAGUUUUUGAAUCUUGUUUCAAUGACCAUGAACCUUUUGGAAGGAUCCCACAUAACAAGACUUAUGCAAGAUACGCUCAUAGAGACUUUCAAAACCGUGAUCGGUAUUACUCAAAUAUAUGAAGAAAAUGACAUUUUAUAUUAUGGAGCUUCUGUGAUCAUGCAGAAAAUAUGGUUCUUAAGUGGACAAAUAUAUAAAAUGUAAAUGAUCAAUUAAAUACAGAUAAAACACAGAAGAUACUGAUUCUAGCAUAUGAUCAGAAAAAGUAACUGUGGUAAAAGUGAAACUGCCUUUAACUCCAAGGCAAAAAUUGUAACUUUAUAGUUAACCAUUUGGUAAAUAGCACAAAUAAAUUACAUUUUUGUAUUUUU